AUGGAUGACUGUUCUGAAUGUGCAGAAGACCAGUAUCCCAACAAGGACCAGGAUUUGUGUGUUUGCAAGACAGUAACCUUCUUGUCUUAUGAAGAACCACUUGGGAUCAUCUUAGCCAUUUUUUCAAUUUUCUUUUCUUUCUGCACAGCUUUGGUGCUAGGAAUAUUUACAAAGCAACAUGACACUCCCAUUGUCAAAGCCAACAACCGAAGUCUUUCGUAUACUCUCCUCAUUGCCCUCUUGUUCUGCUUCCUUUGUGCUUUGAUUUUCAUUGGCCCACCUCAGAAAGCAACAUGCCUUCUCCAACAAAUUAGUUUUGGUACAGUUUUCUGUGUUGCUGUUUCUUGCAUAUUGGCCAAAACCAUGACAGUGGUUCUGGCUUUCAUGGCUACCAAACCAGGAAGCAUGAUGAGGAAAUGGCUGGGCAAACCACUGGGCAUAUCCAUUGUCCUUUCAUGCUCUCUUAUCCAAGCAUCAAUUGGUGUUACAUGGUUGGCAACCUUUCCCCCAUUCCCAGAUGCUGACAUGCACUCAGAGGCUGAAGAAAUUAUACUGGGAUGUAAUGAUGGGUCUGUGAUUAUGUUUUUCUGUCUUCUUGGCUAUAUGAGUUUUCUUUCCAUGGUCUGUUUCUGCAUAGCUUUCCUUGCUAGGAAGUUACCUGACAGUUUCAAUGAAGCCAAGUUUAUCACUUUCAGCAUGUUGGUCUUCUGCAGUGUUUGGUUGACCUUUGUUCCAACCUACCUGAGUACCAAGGGAAAAUACAUGGUGGCAGUGGAGGUCUUCUCAAUUUUAGCCUCUGGUGCUGGUUUACUGGCUUUCAUCUUUUUACCAAAAUGUUACAUUAUUGUGCUGAGGCCUGAUUUGAACAACAGGGAACAACUAAUUAAGUGA